CCAAAACAAUAUUCGUCGUCGCUCGGAACAAGACAAGGCGCUGUUCGACCUUCGCAAAGAAUGCGACAUUGAUUUUAUUUUCCCUUCAGAGUUCCUUUGCAAUGGCGUUCUCUGCAGCAGCAACGAAUUGGCUCCCUCAGUCUCUCCUUCGCAUACCGAGUAGCUCAAAAUCGGUUCUUUCACCUCAAAAUUCGGUUUCGUUUCGAUCCUCGAAAUCAAAUCUCUGCCGUAGAAAACCUAUCUCUAUCCGAUCAACUUCAGCUCCAGCUGGUCCUACAUCUGAAGGACUUAAACCUGCAAUUUCCCUGACCGAUAAUGCCCUGAAGCACCUGAAUAAGAUGAGGUCUGAGCGUAAUGAGGAUUUAUGCCUACGAAUUGGUGUGAAACAAGGUGGAUGUUCCGGUAUGUCGUACACAAUGGACUUUGAGAAUACGGCAAAUGCGAGACCUGAUGACUCCUUCAUUGAAUAUAAUGGUUUUGUUAUUGUUUGUGAUCCAAAAAGCCUCCUUUUCAUAUAUGGAAUGCAAUUGGAUUACAGCGACGCCCUCAUUGGUGGAGGCUUCUCUUUCAAGAACCCAAAUGCUUCGCAAACAUGUGGUUGUGGUAAAUCCUUUGCAGCAGAGAUGUAGAAGUAUGUAUACAGUACAGCCGAAGAGAUCUACAAGGGAUGUUUCCUCUUCUGUUCAUUAGCUGUCGUAUAUAUGACAUGAACUUUAAAAAAUAAUCUUUAUUGACUUGAUUUAUAGUACUUAUGCUGCUUUUCAUGCUUUUUUCUA